AUGCCGGCCAUGCUAGACGAUCCGUCCGCUGCGACCAUGUACAGGGUCUCAGGCGAGGCUCCCUUUCCAGGCCCCGGCGCAGCCCUGCCGGCGAGCAUCUCCCCACAGCAGGUGACGCUGCGCGAUAGGCAGACCGUCGCUACCAUUGUACCCUUCGCUUCUAAGGACCAGGUACCACAGUCGCUGCUGCGCUAUCUGAGCGACCAGUUCGCCAAGGAGAUCGAGAAGGGCGAUACCUAUCCCAUGAUGGAGACCAUGCCCUCCGACAAGUUCGCAUCGUACUGGUUUCAGAACUUCGGGGCCAUCAUGCUCCUUGGCAGCAUCGAGAAAGCUGAAGAUGUUGUCGAGGGCAAGGACUGGGCGAAGGAGUGUCUCGGCAGCUUCUACAUCAAGCCCAAUUAUCCAGGCCGGUCCAGUCACGUCUGCAACGCCGGAUUCUUAGUCACAGAUGCCUCGCGGAACCGCGGUGUGGGUCGGCUCAUGGGCGAGGCCUAUCUCAACUACGGGCCUCGGCUGGGUUACACGUACUCAGUGUUCAACCUCGUCUACGAGACCAACGUAGCCUCAUGCAAGAUCUGGGAUGCCCUGGGCUUCAAGCGUAUCGGCCGCGUCCCCGGCUGCGGCAACCUCAAGUCCUACCCGGGCCGCCUCGUGGACGCCAUCAUCUAUGGGCGCGACCUGACCGUGGGCGAGGGGGACUCGGACGAGCUACUCGUGAGUGAAGAGCGUUUUGAGAAGAUCAAGUUCUACCUCAAACACGGACGGUAUCCUAACGGGGCGAACCGCGCCGAAAAAUCCAGGCUCCGGAGCGCCGCGACGCACUACAAACUCCUUGAGGGCCAGAGCUCAGACGGAAGCGACGACGUCCUCAUGCUCAAAGACAAGGAGGUCAUCUCCGACCCGGUUCGGCAAUACGAGAUCGCGAGACACGCUCAUGUCGGCCAGAUGCAUGCCGGCAUCAACAAGACGACGGCCAUGAUUGCCGAGAAGUACCAUUGGAGGGGGAUCAAAGAUACGGUGUCGGAUGUAAUCAGGGCCUGUGUGGAGUGCGAGGACGGAGCCAAGGCCGGGAAUGGGCUGGCAAAGCCACCAACGCCCAGUGAGCCUGGCCAGGACCAUUUACGUCAUGCUUCAGAACGUACACCUUCUCCGGUGCCACAGUACACAGAACGGGCUAUUAGCCAAGCCCAGUCGCCAUCCCACAGCCCGGCCUCACCUUCACAAUAUCUAUACUUUUCGGAGACCAAUGCCUACCAGCCAAUAGACCCACAAAUACUAAAUCCACAGCAGCAACACCAUGCAGCCUCCUUUGCCCCUCCACAUUACACAGCAGGCUACAGUCAGUUCGGGCAGGACCCAUAUACUAUCACUAUUUCGCACAACAACUCGCACGAAGAUAUGGAUGUGGACGAGAAUGUCAUUUGUGAACUGCUUGCCGCCAGCACUCAUGAUCAUCAACAGGAUGAUGGAGACGGUGAGAUAUCUGAUCGGGACAUGGAAAUUUUCCUUAUGCAGCAGUUGCAUGGGGGGAGCCCAACACCCGGAUGACCUUGUCUUUGCUUCUAGCCGCCAUCAUUAUUCUUACACUAUAGAUUCAGCUAGAUUUUGUUGAUACCCAAAUUCUAUUUCUUGUCAAUUUUGCCG